GUUUUUUGCAUUUAUUGAAUGCAUUAGUCGUCAUGCUAUCUAUGCUGAAUUAUUCAGGAGUGGUAUGGACACAAGGGUUGCAUUAACUGGUCUCAUUUACAGGAAGAUGUUGUGCUUGAGCCAAGCGUCCUUAGGCUUCACUAGUACUGGUCAAAUUGUGAACGUUAUAACCAAUGAUGUCAACAAAACUGAAGAGGCUGUAAAAUUCAGCUUGUAUCUCAUUCCUACACCAUUUAUAUUGAUUGUGGCUAGCUAUCUUUGUUGGAGAGAAAUUGGUUUUUUUUUUACCUGGUAUGCUCCUGUUGUUAAUUUUGCCAAUUUUUCAAUCGUGGUAUGGUCGUUUCUUUGCAAUUUUAAGAGCAAAGACUGCAACUCUUCGUGAUAAAAGGAUAAAAUUGAUGAAUGAAGUAAUAUGUGGAAUGCGAGCCAUAAAAAUGUAUGCUUGGGAGCACCGAUUUGCCGAACGUAUUCAUCAGCUUCGAAGACUGGAAUGUAAGAAACUUCUAAGUACUACCAGAUUGAACGCUUUAAAUGCUUCGUUUUAUAUGACCACGAUACCAUUAGUUUCCUUGGCAAUGUUUGUAUCUUAUGCUCUCUCUGGGAAUACACUUACAACAGAAAAAGUUUUUACUGUCGUUGCUUUCGUUUCAUCUGUGAGCACAAUCUUCUCUAAAAUUGUACCAAGAGGUAUUACCUUACUUAAAGAAAGUGGCGUCUCGUUAAAAAGAAUCAAGGAUUUUUUGUUGCUUGAUGAAGAAUCGUCGCUUUCUUCUGAGCCAUGUGAUGAUGUUAAUGCUUACGUUGUUGUCGAUCAUUUGCAUGCUUCUUGGAAAAAGGAGUCCACAGAGGAGGUGUGCUCAAACAUAACUUUUACUACAACUGUCGGGGAGUUGUUGAUGAUAAUUGGACCCGUUGGUUGUGGCAAGUCAUCAUUAUUGUUGGCAAUGCUUCGAGAAAUUCCUCUGGUCAAUGGUGAUGUGCAAAUGGCUGGUCGUGUAGCCUAUGUUUCUCAGCAACCUUGGGUAUUUUCUGGUUCUAUCAAAGAAAAUAUUACAUUUGGAAAAGACUUCGAUCAGGAGAAGUACGAUGAAGUUGUAAAAGUAUGUGCUCUCAAGAAGGAUAUAGACUCGUUUGUGAAAGGUGAUGAAACUUUGGUGGGUGAUCGUGGUAUUAAUCUUAGUGGUGGACAAAAAUCAAGAAUCAAUCUUGCACGGGCCGUCUACCUUGAUGCUGACAUUUACCUUAUCGAUGAUCCUCUUAGUGCGGUAGAUCCUCAUGUUGCAAGGCAUAUUUUUGAUGAGUGUAUCCGUGGAACCUUGAGACCAAAAGUCUGCGUUCUAGUUUCACAUCAAUUGCAAUUUUUGGAAGCUGCAGAUCGCAUAUUAUGCAUGGAAAAAGGACAAGCGGUUGGCUAUGACAGUUUUCAAAAUCUAAAUAAAGCUGGAAUUGACUUCGCAUCUUCAUUGACGGAAGUGGAAAAAAGCAUACAAGUUAACGGCAGUAGCAUGAAUGAUAAAUCAUCCGAAAAAUUACAACUUUCUACAAUUUCAAAUGCAGAUAAGAAGACAAGAAAGGUAAUGAAUACACUCUCUUGCAACGAUAUUUCAGAAUCAUUGUUGCCUGCCGAAUGUGCCAAAGAUCAAGUUAAAUCUACUCCAGAUUUAAGGCAUGAAGUAACUUGUGCUCCUACCCACACUGUGCAAUUUGACUCCACCAACGAUCAAUCAGAUGAAGAGGAAGAGAAAUAUUUACCUUCUUCCCACGACAACAUUCAUGUGGAGAGACGGAUUACAGGACGUGUAGCAUCUAAAUCCUACAAAGAUUACUUCAGUGCUGGUGCCCAGCCUGCUAUUCUUGUGUUAUGUUUAAUACUCUUUUUGAUUGGACAGGCUUCGUCUAUAAUAUCGGAUUGGUGGCUGGCAAAGUGGUCAAAUUGGGAAGAAACUGUUUCACGAAGAAAUAACUCUCUUAGUAUUAUUGAUGACAGCCGAACAGAGAACAUUCUGAUUUACUCUGCUACAGUGCUCAUAUGUUUUGUUUUUUCAUUCCUCAGAGCAGUUGUUUGGUUUCAAAUUCUUAUCAAUGCGUCGCAACAUUUGCACGACAGAAUGUUUCGUGGAGUCAUAAGGGCUCCCAUUUAUUUUUAUGACACUAAUCCUGUUGGCCGUGUGCUAAACAGAUUCUCAAAAGACAUUGGUGUAAUAGAUGAUACUCUUCCUAUGGUAUUUUUUGAUGCAUUUCAGCUUGGAGUCCUGGGUAUUUCUAUUCUUUUGAUUAGUGUGGUCUCUCAGCCUUAUGUAAUCGUUGCCGUUGCGCCUGUCAUCGGUGCGUUCAUUUGGUUGAGGCAAUAUUUUGUAAAAUCGUCCAGAGAAAUAAAAAGAUUGGAAGCUAUAAGUCGUAGUCCUUUUUAUUCUCACUUUACCGCAAGUCUCCAAGGAUUGCCUAUAAUUCGUGCCUCCUGUGAACAAAAUCAAUAUAUUGAGCUGUUUGAUUCUUAUCAAGACCGUAAUACCGCAGCUAAUUACUACUAUUUGUCUGCCAUUCGAUGGUUAGGCUAUAGACUUGAUAUUUUAUGCUCAUCUUUAAUCGCUGUCGUCGCGUUUGCACCAUUUAUUGCCUACGAAGCAGGAAUUGGAAUUGAUCCUGUUCUAGUUGGUUUAUCAUUGUUGUAUACAAAACGACUGAUUGGCAUGUUUCAGUUUUGUGUAAGGCAAACAGCUGAAGUUGAAAGUCAGAUGGUAUCAGUAGAGCGAGCGCUGGAGUAUACUCAGAUAACGCCAGAAGCACGACUAUCUGUAAUGAAAGAAAAAUCAUCCACCACAUGGCCUCCUUUUGGUGAAAUUAUUGGAGAAAAUGUAUUUUUUCGUUACCAUGAAUCUUUUUCGCCGGUCAUAAAAAACCUCACGUUUCGCAUUAAGGCGAAGGAAAAGAUUGGAAUUGUUGGGCGCACGGGAGCGGGUAAAUCCUCUUUAAUAUCAGCUCUUUUUCGUCUUGCUGAACCCGAUGGAGUGCUUAUGAUUGAUGGUGUUACCAUUACUGAUAUUGGUCUGCAUGAUCUGAGAGAAAAAAUUUCAGUUAUACCACAGGACCCCGUGUUAUUUUCUGGCUCCAUUCGUAAUAAUUUGGACCCAUUCAACAAGAAUGAAGACGUUAAAAUCUGGGAUGCUUUGGAACAGGUUCAGCUGAAACAUGUUGUUGACAAUUUUCCAGAAAAAAUCCAUUAUGAUUUAUCGGAAUGUGGAAAUAAUUUAAGUGUUGGUCAGCGUCAACUUUUGUGUUUGGCUCGGGCGAUAUUGAAAAAGAAUAAAAUUCUUGUGGUUGACGAAGCUACAGCUAAUGUUGAUGAGAAAACAGAUACUUUGAUCCAGAAAACAAUUCGUGUAAGAUUCAAGGACUGUACAGUACUUACAGUUGCACAUCGACUCAACACUAUUAUGGAUGCUGACAAGGUUAUGGUACUGGAAUCUGGAAGAAUGGUGGAGUAUGGUGAGCCCCAUGCACUUCUCCAACAAGAGAAUUCAAAAUUUAGUCUAAUGGUUGCUCAGACAGGGAUUACUACAUCUCAAACUUUAAAAGAAAUUGCACGAACUGCCCAUAAAAAGCGAUCAGGUUAUGUUAGCGAAUGCGAUUAACUAACUGAAAGCUGCUAAAUACGGCUCGACCGUGGAGCUUUUGAACUGGACGAAAAUUGUUGGACAUAUCUUUUCCUUUGUCGUCUUUUAGUGAGCGAAAUCUGUAAAGCUAAAAAAUCAAAAGAUAUUACAUGAAGUGUUUAGGUUCCAAUAAUUGUAUAGCUCAAUAAUGAUUUCAUUGAAACAUAGACGUGACAAUUUCUGCAUUCAUAAUUUAAACACAUGCAUAUAUAAUCUAAACAUAUUAUGAAAGUGGGUGUAUGGGUUGGCUAAAGUUGAACAAAUAAAUGGCAUCAUAUACGUA